AUUUAAUUUCGUUUUUACAGUAUAACAUCUGAUAUUAGAAUGGAAGACUUGAACCGUGUUCUGGAAUUAUAAGUAUUUAAAAAAAGAGAUCUUUCAGAAUUGUGCCAUGUGUUGCACCAUUAAGGGAAGUGUAGGUUUGAAUUAGAAUUGAAAAAAGUAGAAAAUACUGGUACUUAAUGUAAUUAUCCACUGGUCUGGUCCAUCGAUCUCUCCUGCUUGUUAAAUGUGUAGGAAGAAAUCUCAAAAUAUAAGUUAGAUAUAGCGGGAGUAAGGAGGUGAUGGCAUCGAACCAGCAGGCGAAUAUAUAUUUUUCGAUGGAAAAAGGAAUGCGUGUCAUGAAUUAGAUCAGGUUUCAGCAAGAUGACAAAAUUACUGGAGUGGCUUUUUGGUAUGUGUGUUUUCCUUGGUAUAUGGUGUGCCCUAACCUCAAGGCAGAUCCAAGGCCAGCUUUUUGAGGAAUGGAUGUAUAUCAUUAUCCCUAUGCCUUUUCUUCUUGUGACAAUAUUUGGGCUUUACGCAGCCACAGUGGUGCUGUGGAGGGUAUAUACUUUCAAUAAUUGUGAAGAAGCAGCCAAAGAGCUACAGAAGGAAAUUCAACAGGCAAAAGCUGAUUUGCGGCAGAAAGGCAUCACAUUUAAUGAUGACAAGUAACUAAAUUGAGAAAACUGUACAAACACUCGUCAACAUUAGUGAUGCAUCGUGUAUUAUGUGUUAUCUAUGGGCAUAUUCCUAAGAAAACAUGACUAGUCACAUAUGUCAGAAACAUCUUUUUUUUUUUAAUUUUCAAGUCAGAAUUGUGAAUGUGACAUGUGUUGCUUUCCCAGAGAGAUUAGAACAGAAGUUGUGAAGUGAACUAUUUAUAAUAGGAAAGAACUCUAAACCUCUCUCAUUUCUGUAGGAUAGGCACAAAACUACAUUCCAUAGCAUGUGUUGCAAAGUAUAAUGGCAUUAUAUUUUGGUGAGCUAACAGUCUGAUUCUGACCACACUGAGAAAAGUCCUACUGAAGGAGCUGAUAAUGUCACAUUGUUGCAUCACUGAUGCUGUUCCAAUUGUAUGAUUAAGUGACUGUAACAUAGUAUACAUACAUGUUUUGCACAAUUAUCAGAAUACAAAAUGACUACUUUUCUAAACUACAUUAACCGAUUGCUCUUUAUAGUGAAUAUGCAGCAUGUUUCUGGUAAGGUGGGAACUGAAUUUUUAAAUGUUGUGUAAAUGAAAUUUGUGCUCUAAAGAAUUACGUAGAUACACACAUAACUUGACAACGCCUAUUCUCUGUGUUCAGAUCUAAUGCCAGUGCUGUGAAUUCCUCCAGGCAGUACUCUAAAGUAGGUUAAGGUCACUUUCUUCUGCUUCCUGACUGAGAAAAGUAAGUGAGAGCUGAAUGUGUUUAUAGAAAGAGAUGGAUGGGUAGAUCCAUCAACUGCAAUGCUAUGCAGCUAUUGAUGGCUCCAUGACUGACCACACCUGCACAUGACUCACUGUAAAAUGUAUCAGGCUUCCUUAUGUUUCUGUUCACCUU